UUUAUACGAUCCAAAACGAUUUUAAAAACGUUUCGAGUUUUCGUACUUUUGCGUAAUUCACAUAACAUCAGUAUCAUCAGUUAAGCAUUGCUAGUCUCUUAAAUAGUUUACGAUGGCCCACAUACCGGCUACUUCAUUAGGUAGCAAAAGUAAGAAGCAUUUUCUUGGAGUCCCUGCGCCUCUCGGCUAUGUGGCUGGCGUUGGCCGUGGUGCCACUGGAUUUACUACUCGUUCGGAUAUUGGUCCAGCGCGAGAUGCUAACGAUGUUUCGGAUGAUCGACAUGCUCCUCCAGCGGCCAAACGGAAAAAGAAAGAAGAAGAGGAAGAAGACGAUGAAGAUUUAAAUGAUUCCAAUUACGAUGAAUUCAGUGGUUACAGUGGGUCACUUUUCUCUAAAGAUCCCUAUGACAAAGAUGACGCCGAAGCAGAUGCUAUCUAUGAGAACAUCGAUAAACGCAUGGAUGAAAAGCGUAAAGAGUAUCGUGAAAAACGGCUAAAGGAAGACCUGGAGCGAUAUCGGCAAGAGAGGCCGAAGAUUCAGCAACAGUUUUCUGAUCUGAAACGAAGCUUAAUAAUGGUCUCGGAGGAUGAGUGGGCUAAUUUACCGGAAGUUGGCGAUAGCCGCAACAAAAAGCAACGCAAUCCAAGAGCAGAGAAGUUUACUCCGUUGCCAGAUAGCGUAUUAUCAAGGAAUUUGGGUGGAGAAACUGCGAGCACCAUCGAUGCACGUUCAGGACUUGCUUCGAUGAUACCUGGAGUGGCAACGCCCGGAAUGCUUACUCCCAGUGGAGAUUUGGACUUGAGAAAAAUUGGCCAAGCCAGAAAUACAUUGAUGAAUGUAAAGCUGUCGCAGGUAUCGGAUUCUGUAGCCGGACAAACUGUUGUAGAUCCAAAGGGUUAUUUGACUGAUCUGCAAAGUAUGAUACCCACGUAUGGUGGAGAUAUUAACGAUAUAAAGAAAGCACGUCUGCUUCUGAAAAGUGUGCGCGAAACUAAUCCCAACCAUCCUCCUGCCUGGAUUGCCAGUGCUCGUUUGGAGGAGGUUACAGGAAAAGUGCAGAUGGCACGCAAUUUGAUUAUGCGUGGAUGUGAAGUUAAUCCGUUGAGUGAAGAUCUGUGGUUGGAGGCUGCAAGAUUACAGCCCCCCGAUACAGCCAAGGGAGUCAUAGCGCAAGCGGCCAGACAUAUACCAACGUCUGUCAGAAUAUGGAUCAAGGCAGCAGACUUGGAAACGGAAGCCAAAGCAAAGAGGCGUGUUUUUCGUAAGGCGUUGGAACAUAUUCCUAACUCAGUGCGAUUGUGGAAAGCAGCAGUGGAGCUAGAGAAUCCAGAGGAUGCAAAGAUUUUGCUUUCAAGAGCUGUAGAAUGCUGUAAUACCAGUGUUGAAUUGUGGUUGGCGUUAGCACGUUUGGAAACAUAUGAAAAUGCUCGAAAAGUGUUGAAUAAAGCUCGAGAGAAUAUCCCGACUGAUCGACAGAUUUGGACAACUGCCGCCAAAUUAGAGGAAGCAAAUGGUAAUAAUCAUAUGGUUGAGAAAAUUAUCGACCGUGCUUUGACCUCACUGAGUGCAAAUGGGGUAGAGAUCAAUCGAGACCAAUGGCUGCAGGAGGCGAUGGAGGCGGAAAAAUCUGGCGCAAUCAAAUGCUGCCAGGCUAUUGUGAAAGCCGUAAUUGGAGUCGGAAUCGAUGAAGAAGAUCGUAAACAAACUUGGAUUGAUGAUGCCGAUCAUUGCGCCAAGGAGGGAGCGUUUGAGUGUGCCCGGGCCGUAUACACAUUUGCAUUGUCAGAAUUUCCAUCCAAAAAGAGCAUCUGGUUACGAGCAGCUUAUUUUGAAAAAAAUCACGGUACACGUGAAAGUUUAGAAGCAAUAUUACAGAAAGCGGUGGCUCACUGUCCUAAAUCGGAAGUCCUAUGGUUAAUGGGAGCCAAAUCCAAGUGGAUGGCCGGAGACGUGCCGGCUGCGCGCGGUAUUCUAUCACUUGCUUUUCAGGCUAAUCCCAAUUCAGAAGACAUUUGGCUGGCUGCAGUAAAGUUAGAAUCCGAAAAUUCGGAGUACGAACGCGCUAGACGAUUGCUCGCUAAGGCGAGAGCUUCGGCGCCAACACCAAGGGUUAUGAUGAAGUCUGCCAAGUUAGAGUGGGCGCUUAACAAUCUUGAAGAUGCUUUAGGCUUGCUAGAAGACGCCGUUAAAGUAUUUCCGGAUUUCGCUAAACUAUGGAUGAUGAAAGGACAGAUUGAAGAACAGAAGAAAUUACUGGAACGCGCAGUGGAGACCUAUAAUGCUGGAUUGAAGAAAUGUCCUAAUUCGAUCCCACUUUGGAUUUUACUGUCCAGCUUAGAAGAAAGAAGAAAGUUGCUUACUAAAGCUCGCUCAGUACUGGAACGAGGUCGUCUGAAGAAUCCCAAAAAUCCAACACUUUGGUUAGCUGCUAUCCGUAUUGAGAUACGGGCUGGUCUGAAAGACAUGGCAAACACCCUAAUGGCGAGAGCUUUACAGGAUUGUCCUAAUGCCGGUGAGCUGUGGGCUGAGGCCAUAUUUCUGGAGGCCCGACCACAGCGCAAAUCGAAGUCCGUAGAUGCUCUAAAGAAAUGUGAACACGAUCCGCAUGUGCUGCUGUCGGUUUCGAAACUAUUUUGGAGCGAAAGAAAAAUACAGAAAUGUCGCGAUUGGUUCAAUCGUACAAUAAAAAUCGACCCGGAUUUUGGCGACGCUUGGGCCUAUUUCUACAAGUUCGAACUCCAACAUGGUACUGAACAGCAGCAGAACGAACUGGUUGAGCGAUGUGUAACUGCGGAACCGAAACACGGCGAAGACUGGUGCCGAGUUAGUAAGGAUAUUGCCAACUGGUGUUUAAAAACGGACGAAGUGCUCAAGGCGGUGGUGAAAAUUUUGCCUACACCAAUUUAAAGCGUGUAAGUGAAAUUUACUAAAGUUGUUCGAUAUAAAAUACAAUAGUCUUUUCUUAAAAAAUCGUUCGCAUUAUCAUUUCGACCUUAACCUCUAUUUCACCAAUGCCACCAGGGCGAACCGGUUGAGAAGAAUUUAGUGAAGUGAACGUAAUAGUGACUUUGACUAACAAAUAGCUUAUAGCGACAGUCCUGUUAAGCUUUUCCUCAA